CAGAAACAAGAUCCCAUGGCAGAGAUUUUCAUGCAGUGGGAGCGAAGGAAACUUCUGUCCUCUGCCAUCUGAUACAGAAGUGCUGCAGAAUCUGCACUCAACUCAACAACUAACUUCUGAACCAGCCAGAGAACCCUGGUGAACCCUGAAACAGUUUUCUUUAGACCAUUUCAUCAUGUGGAUAACAAAGCUGGCAUGGCUGCUUCUUCUGGCCACAGCAGCUUCAGCAACAGCAGUCAAAGUCCUGAGUAACCUGACCACCAUCCUGGCUGACGGCAGCACCAGCCUGGCUUUUAGUCUCUACCAGAAUUUGGCAAAGGACAAAAGUGUUGAGAACAUUCUCAUUUCCCCUGUGGUGGUGGCCUCCUCUCUGGGUCUGCUGGCUCUCGGGGGAAAGGGCUCCACUGCCUCCCAGGCGAAGAGCAUCCUGAGCGCAGCCAAAGUUAAAGACGAGCAGCUGCACUCGGGUCUGACUGAGCUCCUGACCGAGGUCAGCGACCCGAAGACCCGCAACGUCACCUGGAAGAUUAGCAACCGCCUGUACGGACCCAGCUCCGUCACCUUUGUGGAUGGUUUUAUAAAGAGCAGCAAAGCUCAUUAUAAAUGCGAUCAUUCCAAGUUAAACGUCAGCGAUAAGAAGAGUGCCGUUAAGUCCAUCAACGAGUGGGCGACCAAAUCCACAGAGGGCAGACUGCAUGAGGUCACCAAGGAUGUGGAGACUGAUGGGGCCAUGAUCAUCAAUGCUAUGUUUUUCAAACCCCACUGGAAUGAACAGUUUCAUCACAAAAUGGUGGACGACCGUGGAUUUCUGGUCUCUGGCAGCCACACCAUCUCCCUACAGAUGAUGCACCGCACAGGUCUGUUCGACUUCUAUAACGAUGAAGCCAAUAAGCUGUACAUUCUGAGUAUGCCCCUGGCUCAUAAGUUGUCCUCGGUGGUCUUCAUUAUGCCGUACCAUGUGGAGCCUCUGGAGAGGCUUGAGAAGAUCCUGAGCAGGAAGCAGCUGGACACAUGGAUGGAGAAGAUGAAGCCCACUGCAGUGGCUGUUUCUCUGCCUAAAGUCAGCAUGGAAGUCAGUCACAGCCUGCAGAAACCACUUCAGGAGUUGGGCCUGACGGAGGCUGUGGACAAAUCCAAAGCAGACUUGUCCAACAUCUCUGGGAAGAAGGACCUUUACCUGUCCAACGUGUUCCACGUCACUGCGUUUGAACUGGACACAGAUGGAAAUGAAAUUGACAGCAGUAUCUUUGGCACCGACAAACUCAAAAACCCCAAACUGUUUUACGCUGACCACCCUUUCAUUUUCCUUGUGAAGGACCAGAAAACAAAGUCAGUCCUGUUCAUCGGCAGGAUGGUCCGGCCCAAGGGGGAGAAACUGAGAGAUGAACUGUGAGCACAUGUUGGCACAAACAAGUUGUUUGAUUGUGUUGGUGUAGCCUUCAAACAAAAAAAAAAUUUAAUGAAUGUUUUAUAGUUCACUACUGCAUUCCUUCAGUCAAAACUGUUGUUGCCGUUUUAACACAAAUAUUUUUAAUGUCUUUCAAUUCAGGAUGUUUUUUUUUUAUGAAAAUGUAAAAAGGAUUUACUGUUUCAGACUUUCAUCCACAUGGAAACAGUGUUUUAUGAACCCCUAAACAUUUUUUUACUGAAAUCCAAAAUAAAAAAAAAAUACUUUGGAACACCACACUAACCUUUGGAAACAGUGAUGACCUACACUCAUGACAAAGCAACAACAACAAACAUGACCAACAGAACAACAACAUGUUAGUUACCUGCUUUCAGUUAGCUCCUUCUUGUUUGGUUGAACUCUUGUGAAAAACGUUAGUCCCAGCAAAUGAUUCAAGUAAAGUUUAACUCCUUUG